GAACAGCGGGUGGGGGAGCGUCCGGCCAUGGGGGAGCGUCCCGGCACCUGGGAGCGUCGGUCCUGGGGGGAGCGUCCGGCCCCGGCGGGGGUCCGCAGGGUGGAGCUGGAGGAGGCCCUGGAGCUGAGGACUCCCUGGCGGCACGCGUGCCACGCGCUGCUCUACGCCCCGGACCCCGGGCUGCUCUUUCGCCGCAUCCCGCUGCGUUACGCGGUCCUGAUGCAGAUGCGCUUUGAUGGGCGUUUGGGCUUCCCGGGCGGCUUCGUGAAUCUUUCGGACGGCAGCCUGGAGGACGGGCUGAACCGCGAGCUCAGGGAGGAGCUGGGCGAGGCCGUGGCCGCCUUCCGCGUGGAGCGCGCCGACUACCGCAACUCGUACGCGUCGUCCGGCCCGCGCGUCGUGGCCCACUUCUAUGCCAAGCGCCUGACGCUGGAGCAGCUGACCGCCGUGGAGAGAGGCGCCCCGCUGGCCCAGGACCACGGGCUGGAGGUGCUGGGCCUGGUGCGGGUGCCCCUGUACACCCUGCAGGAUGGUGUGGGCGGCCUGCCUGCCUUCCUGGAGAAUACCUUUAUUGGAACUGCACGGGAGCAGCUGCUGGAAGCCCUCCAGGACUUGGGACUGCUGGAAUCUGGCUCUGUCCUCAGGCCGUAAGGCCUCAGCUCUGCCAUCAGGACCUCUGUGCUUGUGAGAGAGGGAGGAGAAAGGAAUGUUUUCUUGCCCUGGGCCUGAGCCUGAGAGGGGACAGAUUAAAAGGAGAAGUACGUGCAAUAUGUUCUGAGCAUAGGCCCCCCAGCAACUCAUGGCAUCAGAGGCAAGAAGCUGCAUCUCAUCCCAGGGGCCCUGGCGAAUCUCAGUGCCUGUCGCUUCCCUGUACAUUUGCACACACACACACAGCCUGGCAGCCCCCAGACAUUUGAAUGUAAAGUCCGCGCCCACACACAAGCUGAUGCCUCCCUGACCCCCAAAGUUUAGUUUAACUGGGAAGUGGGAUGCGUGGGCCUCAGCUGUCACCAUCCCAUCCUCUUGCCGAGGAGGAGCUUCUGAACCACUCUCCUACAUGGUCUCUUCCCACACACAUACAUGGCUGCCCUCCAGGGUCUAGCCCAGCCCACGAUUGUUGAGGACAGAGAAGCAGAGGACCCCCUUUUCCCUCUUAAAGUGGUCACAUCCUUGCCUGGGAAUUGGCCAGAGCAGUGGACCCCUGAAAGGAGACUCUGGGGACAUCAGAAGGGAACUGACACACCCCUGAGCUAGCCCUGCUCUGAUAAAAAGAGCUUCCCAGUAAAGGGUUUAUAGUGGCUUCCUGGCCCUCUUGUUCUUUCGACAAUAUGUAUGAGGAAUUGGAGAUCUAAAGAUGAGAGCCAUAGGACUUGCUCCCCUCGAGGCUGGGAAGCUUUCGGGGAGCUAAAUGGUAAAUAUUUUAGGCUUUGUUGGGCCACAUGGUCUUUGUAGCAACUGUUCAACUCUGCCAUGUCAAAAGUAGUAAUGGACAGUACAUAAAUAAAUGGGUGUGGCUGUGUUCCAAUAAAACUCUUUAUUUUUAAA